AAUUCUCAGCUUCUCAAAAUCCAUGUAGGGGAAAUUUCAAAUUGUCUGUUUCCGAUGUAGUUUUUUCAUCCUUGUAAUUGCAGUUAAUUUGAAUUUGAAUUCGAAUUCGUUAUAUCCUUCGUUUGAAAUUUUUUUAAUUUUUCUUUUUGGGUUUCACCUAAUUCAAGUUGGUUCUGUUCUCCUUAUAUAGCUGCAAAUAUUUUAUUAGGUUUGAUUUAUGGAAGUUGCAAAUUCAGAUAAUCACUGUAAAAAUUCAGCAGCCGUAGUAAGUUUUGAUCAAUUUACAGGCUCUGAUGCAGCAGAUGAUGUGAAAAAGACAGCUAGAGAGCAGAGAGAAGCUCUCUCUGGGGAGCCUAAAUGUGUUAUAUGUGGACGCUAUGGUGAGUACAUAUGUGAUGAGACUGAUGAUGAUAUUUGUAGUUUGGAAUGCAAACAAACUCUUCUACGCAAGGUUGUUAAAACCCAGGUUUCUGUUGGUCCUUCUGCACCUGCUGUAAGAUUAGCUGCAACCGAUGAGUGCUUUUAUGUUAGAGAAUCAGAAUCUGAUGAUAAAUCAGGGCCUUUAUCUUUAACUAAUGAUCAGACUGAAUUACUGAGAAGGAAACUUGAAAUCUAUGUGAAGGGGAAGUUGGUUCCGGAUCCCAUUUUGUCAUUCUCUUCUUGUAAUCUUCCUCUGCAGCUCUUGCAGAACUUAGCAGCUGCAGGAUAUGAUAUGCCUACCCCUGUCCAGAUGCAAGCAAUCCCAACUGCUUUGGGUGGCAAAAGCCUGCUUGCUUCAGCUAACACAGGCUCAGGAAAAACUGCUUCCUAUCUAGUCUCCAUUGUUUCUCGGUGUGCAGAUUUUCGGCUUCAACACUCUUCUGAAUAUAGAAAGCCACUUGCAAUGGUUUUGACUCCAACCAGAGAGCUUUGUAUUCAGGUUGAGGAUCAAGCUAAGUUGCUUGGUAAGGGUUUGCCUUUCAAGACUGCACUAGUGGUUGGUGGUGAUGCUAUGGCUGGACAACUCUACCGCAUUCAGCAAGGAGUGGAACUGAUUGUGGGGACUCCAGGAAGGCUUAUUGAUCUUUUAAUAAAGCAUGAUAUUGGACUAGAUGAACUAAUGAUAUUUGUUCUAGAUGAGGUGGACUGCAUGCUUCAAAGGGGCUUCCGUGAUCAGGUUAUGCAGAUCUUUAGGGCUCUCUCUCAACCCCAAGUCUUGAUGUAUUCUGCAACAAUCACACAAGAGAUAGAGAAGAUGGGGAGCUCUAUUGCAAAAGAUAUGGUAAUCGUCUCCAUUGGUGAGCCUAACAAGCCAAGUAAGGCUGUGAAACAACUGGCCAUCUGGGUUGAAUCGAAGCAAAAGAAACAAAAACUAUUUGAUAUUUUGAUGAGCAAGCAGCAUUUUAUGCCACCAGCAGUUGUCUAUGUAGGUUCAAGACUUGGGGCAGAUCUCCUAUCUAAUGCAAUCACAGUCACCACAGGAUUGAAGGCUCUAUCACUACAUGGGGAGAAACCGAUGAAGGAGAGGAGAGAAAUCAUGAGGUCAUUUUUGGUAGGGGAGGUUUCUGUUAUUGUGGCAACUGGGAUUUUAGGUCGAGGAGUUGAUCUCCUGGGUGUGAGACAGGUAAUAGUGUUUGACAUGCCCAAUUCCAUUAAGGAAUAUGUUCAUCAAAUAGGAAGGGCUUCUCGAAUGGGAGAGGAAGGUACAGCAAUUGUUUUUGUGAAUGAGGAGAACAAAAAUUUGUUUACAGAGUUUAUUGAAGUUUUAAGAUCUUCUGGAGCUGUGAUUCCUCGUGAGCUUGCAAAUUCACGAUAUACAGUACGAUCCUACCCUGUUGGAAAGGGCCGGAGAAAGCGAAAAUAUGGUUCCUGAACUGUCCACGGCCUGAUUUGUUUCAUGGCUUUAUUUUAUUACUCUGAAGGUACAACAUCAACUCUAUUGCUAGACUGUUGAAUUUCCAGGACUUUGCUGGGUUGCAUAUAGCAAGGAAAUUUGCAACCUUGACAGCAAAUUUGUGAUUGCUUGGUGAAACAAGAAGCCUUUGCCAUUGGGUGCACAAGGAAAUGUUUGCUGAUCUGGGGAUAUCAGGAUGCCAGGGAACAUGAUUUGCAAUUCCUUUGGUAUUGUAACUGAUAUUUUGUCGGCUGGUUAACUUUAUUGGUGUUAUUAGCUUAUUUGGAGGGAAUAUCCAAAGCUUAACGAGAAGAACUUGCUACUGUCAGUGCACCUUAAAUCUUUCUGGCUGCAGUUGAAUGUUAGUACGGUCUUAAGCAGAUUCUUUGGAAGCCACUUUCCUGUUGACCGGAGCAUUUGGAUUCUGCAAAUGAUUUAUAGUCUAAGGCAAAGGCUCUUAGAAUAGCGAUGAUGGUGAGUAACUGAGUAUAUAUUAUUAAUAACUGAAACACUAGGAAAGCUGAAACUUGAACUUUUAAGUGAAUCUACCAAGUCAUAUACGCACUAAUCACUGAAACCACCUUACCUAGUUAGUGAAUCUAUUUAAAUUCAUUGAAUGAAACCUCUUACAGAAAUUUUUAUUUUCUU